UUUAUCGAUAUUCGCUUUGUUAUCUUUCCUUAACCACAAUUUUUACGAUUUUGCUAUUCAGUAACCCAUUUCAUUACGAAAAUCGACAAGACAAAAUCAGCUGUUUGGUUAACCUGUCGAUUAUCGCGAACUAAACGACAAUAAUUUUGGUGUUGUUAAAUCAAACGUUAAAGAAGAAUUAGUGAUUUUAAUCAAAACUGUGAAAUUAGAUGAAAAAAAACUUAUUUAAAAAGCGUGAGUAUGGCGUUUGAGUAUUUGGCUUACGAUUUAUCGCGUGGAGAGGAGGAAGUGAGCCCUCAAAUAGUUGAUCGAAGUUUGCUCCGGCAUGUGGACAAUCCUUUCGAUUUGGAUGCAGGGGAGUUCCAGAAGUUAUUCCGUUUAACUCCAGACUUGACUGAGGAAGUAGUUGCGCAGCUUGACAGUCAUCUUAGAGGUUCCAGAAUAACAGCGAUUUCGACUGAAAAACAGGUUCUAGCUGCACUGCGAUUUUUUGCAACCGGGUGUUAUCAACGACCCGUAGGUGAGCAAUGGGGAAUAUCUAUGAGCCAGUCGUCCGUUAGCCGUAGCAUUCAUCGGGUAACAGCUGCAAUCAACAGCUCCAUGUUUUGCGCAAAGGUGAGAUUUCCCAUGACCCAAGUGGAGCGGCAAGCGGCAAAAGAAAUUUUUGCUUCAGCAACCUCCCCGUUUGUGGGAGGUACCAUUGGAGCUAUCGAUUGUACGCACGUGUCAAUUUUGGCCCCGAAACGUCAUGAAGAAGCGUAUGUCAACCACCACGGCUACCAUUCGCUUAAUGUCCAAAUGGUAACAACAUAAUUUGUAAAGUAUUCAAGAAUCAAGAUUCCCUUUUAAUGUUUUACAGAUAUGUGAUCCUAACCUUAAAAUUUUAAACGUAAAUGCCAAAUUUCCGGGAGCACGGCACGAUUCAUACAUUUGGAGUUCCUCUGCGGUGCGAAUGGUUAUGCAACGGAAUUUUGAAAUUGGAAACCAUAACUUGUUUUUGAUUGGUGAUUCCGGGUACCCUUUGGAGCCUUGGCUGAUGACUCCUCUAACAAACCAACCGGAAGGUACUCCGAAAUUCUUGUACAAUGAGGCAUUGUGCAAAGCUCGUAACCCAGUUGAGAGACUUUUUGGUGUUCUUAAGGCAACGUGGCGGUGCUUGUCUCAACAAAGGACACUCUUGUACGAUCCAGGAUUUACUGGACAAGUAGUUAACGCGUGCUCAGUUUUACAUAAUAUUCGUUUAAGAGAAGGAAUAUACCAGACCGAAAAUGAAUUCACAGAGCCCAGAACAAACGACAUUUUUUUAAACCAAGAUGCACCAUCCUCAACAGCAAAGCGCAUCCAAGACCGACUGAUUGCUAAUUUUUUUACUUAAAUACUAUUUUCACUCAUAAUCAUUCCGCAUACAUAUCUAUGUGAACACUCGGGUAUAAAAAGUUAAAACAUUUUCAUAUUUAUUGUUAAAACCUUUUAUUGAACAAAAUUACAUGCAGAUUCAAUAAAAACAAUUCAGUCUUUAACUUCAGUUUACAUACAGUUUUAGGUUACAGGCACAUAAAUCUAUUUAUGUAUAUAGGUAUGCAUAAGCGUAUGUACACAUGGUUUAUAAAUUCAAAGGUCAGUCUAUUUGUAAAAACGAAAACAAUACAUUCUAAUUCAUUUAAUUAAUGUUACUUAACAUUACCACAGCUUGUUUACUUAUAAAAUUCAAAUAAAAAG